AUGAAGCUCAGCCUCACCACGGGCAUCAUCCCCUCGCUCAACGUCUCCGCCGGCCUCCUCGGCUUCUUCUUCCUCCGCGUCUGGACGGCGCCAGUCAAGAACCCCGGCAGGCGGCCGUUCACGCGCCAGGAGAAUACCGUCGUGCAGACAUGCGUCGUCGCCGCCUACGGCAUCGCCUUCAGCGGUGGAUUUGGGAGCUACCUGUUUGGCAUGAGCGAGACGAUCGCCGCCCAGGCAGCUGAAGAAAACAACGCGGAUAACGUGAAGGAGCCCAGGCUGAGCUGGAUGAUCGGGUUCCUCUUCCUCGUCAGCUUCGUCGGUCUCUUCGCUCUCGUUCCCCUGAGGAAGGUGGCUUUGAAUCUAUUAGUACGACUGAUUUUACUUCAGGUGAUGAUUGUUGACUACAAGCUCACGUAUCCGAGCGGCACCGCUACUGCGCACCUGAUCAACGGUUUCCAUACACCAGACGGCUCUGAACGCGCCGAGAGCCAAGUGCGCACACUGAUCAAGUGCUCCGUGGCCAGCUUCCUUUGGGGCUUCUUCCAGUGGUUCUACACGGCCGGGGAGGGCUGCGGAUUCGGGCAGUUCCCUGCACUAGGCCUGACAGCUUAUCAGAACCGGUUUUACUUUGAUUUCUCGACGACCUACAUCGGUGCAGGAAUGAUCUGCCCGCACAUUGUGAACAUCUCAGUCCUGCUCGGAGGAAUCCUAUCGUGGGGAGUCAUGUGGCCUCUGAUAGCCGAGAAAAGAGGGAGCUGGUUUGGUGCUGAACUUUCAGACAGUUCACUCGAAGGAAUGCAAGGCUAUCGGGUGUUCAUUGCCAUUGCCAUCAUACUAGGGGAUGGCCUCUACAAGUUCGCCAUGGUGCUCACGUGCACUGUCGCCGCGAUAGCAGCGUCAACCGAGAAGAGGAAAUUCUUCGGCGCGCUCCCCGUGAACAGCGACGACAGAACGAUCUCCGGCAGCGGCGCCGCUCCCGAGACGCCGCCCUCGUUCGACGACGCUCGCAGGACCGAGUUCUUCCUCAAGGACCAGAUCCCGACGCCGGUGGCGAUCGGUGGCUACGUCGCCGUCGCCGCCGUCUCCAUCAUCGCCGUGCCUCACCUCAUCUUCCCGCAGCUCAAGUGGCACCACGUCCUGGCGGUCUACCUGAUGGCGCCCGUGCUGGCCUUCUGCAACGCCUACGGGAUGGGCCUCACGGACUGGUCCCUCGCGUCCACGUACGGCAAGCUCGCCAUCUUCGUCUUCGGCGCGUGGGCCGGCAAGCCCCACAGCGGCGUGCUGGUGGGGCUCGCCGCGUGCGGCAUCAUGAUGAGCAUCGUGUCCACAGCGGCGGACCUGAUGCAGGACUUCAAGACCGGCUACAUGACGCUGGCCUCGCCGCGGUCCAUGUUCGUCAGCCAGGUGGUCGGCACCGCCAUGGGCUGCGUCGUCGGGCCCAGCGUCUUCUGGCUCUUCUACCGCGCGUUCGACGGCGUCGGCACGGAAAGGAGCGCGUACCCGGCGCCCUACGCCAUCGUGUACCGGAACAUGGCCAUCCUCGGCGUCGACGGCUUCUCCAAGCUGCCGAAGCACUGCCUCACGCUCUGCUGCGUCUUCUUCGUCGGAGCCAUCGCCCUCAACAUGGCCAAGGACCUGGCGCCGAGGAAGGUGGCGAGGCUCAUACCGCUCCCCAUGGCGAUGGGGAUCCCGUUCUACAUCGGCUCCUACUUCGCCAUCGACAUGUUCCUGGGGAGCGUGAUACUGUUCGCGUGGGAAUGGGUGGACAAGGCGCAGGCGGACGCGUUUGGCUAUGCCGUCGCGUCCGGAUUGAUCUGCGGCGACGGGGUGUGGACUCUGCCGCAGGCCGUGCUGUCGCUUUUCAACGUGAAGCCGCCGAUCUGCAUGAAGUUUCUGUCAAGAGGUGUUAAUUACAAAGUGGAUGACUUCAUUGGAACAUUGUCUUAGAAACUCGGGGAAGAAGCCACCUUUCCUGCUUUCCACCAGCACACACUCUGUUCUGCAUUGUCAUGCUCCAAGUAAGACUGAAACUGUUCUAGUACUACCCUGCAUUGAGUAUCAUGCUCUAAUUAAGACUGAAACUAUUAUACCCUGCAAUGUGAAGCCAGUAAAUGAAAAAUUGUUAUGGUGAACCACUUGGCAGUGGAAACGAUACUGUAGUACAGGAUUGUGCCAACAAGUAUUUGUUUCAACUUUCAACGAAAACUAGAUAUCUUCACAUUUAUUA